CGGAUCCUGGUCCCGCCUCCUCCGCGCCAGGCUUCCUUCUGCAACAGGCGUGGGUCACGCUCCCGCUCGCUCUCUUUCUGCCGCCAUCUUGGUUCCGCGUUCCCCACACAAAAUGCCCGGCGAAGCCACAGAAACCGUCCCUGCUACAGAGCAGGAGUUGCCACAACCUCAGGCUGAGACAGCUGUGCAUCCUGUGUCUUCAUCCUUGAGUGUCACUGCUGCCUUGGAGCAGCCUAGACCUACCCUUCCCCCUCCUGACUCUCUGGCCCCCCACCAGUUCCCUCUAGCAACCACUAACCAGCCUUCCCUGUUCCCUUCUCCCUCUAAUGUUGCCUCAACCCCUAUUGAAGCUCCUUUUCCUCAGUCAUCCUCUGGGAUAGCUGUGCCUUUGGGAGCUUCCCCUUUCCCCUCUGGUACCCCAGCUUUCCUACCAGACUUAAUAGGGCCUCCCAUAUCCCCAGCUGCCUUAGCUCUGGCCUCUCCAAUGAUAGCUCCAGCUCUGAAAGGUGCCCAUUCCUCCUCAGCUCCCUUGGCUCUUGUGGCCUUGGCUCCCCCUGCAGUUCAGAAGAGCUCUCCUCUCCCACCUAACCCUCUGAUUUCACCCCCAGUUGCUGUAGUUGAGUCAGUGUCAGUGACAUCUCUAUCAACUCCCAUUGCUCCCUCAAGCCCAAAGACUGCUUCUGUUCGUGUUCCCUCCCAGGUAGUCCCUAACCCAAAAAGUACCUCCAGCCCUCCAGGUAUAGUCAAUGCCAGUUCAUCGCACCUUGUAAGUCCCGUGGCCUCUCAUCAAUCUGGAUUAGCUUCCUGUCCUGAGAUGCCACCCAUCACUCCCCUAGCCAUCACUUCCCCUCCGGUCAAAGGCAUCCCUAUUCCCUCAGCUCUGACUUCUCCACAAAACUUGGUAACCCUAAAGGAGUCCAUUGGUCCUCCUGCUGCCUUAUCUCUUUCAACCCAGUCUGUUCCUGUGGCAACUUCUCAGAAGGCUGUGGCUCCCAGUGACCCAGUUUUCCUCACUUCUCUGGGCUCUCCUCUUGCACCUUUACAUCAGAGUUCUUUUGGUUCUUCUGUCCAACUUUCAGGUCAAACAGACCAAAAUACUCUGUCAAAUCCUACUAUUCUGGAUAGCAUUCCUGUAGGUUGCUCUUCUAUGGGGGUGUCUUAUCCUUCUGAAAGAUCUGUAAUGCCUCCCCUUCAUUCCAUGAAUGAGGUGGUUCCUGCUGCUGGGACUCCAACUUCCCCUCUGCCUCUGAGUGUUGACAAAGGCCUUUCUGGCUCCCUAUUAUCUCCUACAGCCUCUCGCAUUCUCCAAGGUUCUCCCGAUGCUGCUUAUCAUCAGCCUUUGGUGGCCCAGUUUCCUGUUGCUUCUCCAGGGAGUCCAGGCUUAAAAGAGGCUCCUGUUUCUUCUGUUGGUGUCACCCCACUUGUGAUGACUAACCCUUCUACAAUUUCUGUAGUAUCUACUGCUUUUGAGGUAACUACUUGUAUGUCUCCUCCAAUUUCGUCAGGUUCCAUGAGCAGUAAGGACCCAGUUUCCUAUACUGCAUCGGUUAUGGGACCCGUAACUCCCGAAGAGCUUCCUACUUCUCAAGUAAAAACCGCUCUGGGGAUACCAGUUUCUCAUUCUUUUCCUCUGCCAGCCCCUGAAGACCCCAAAAAUCUCCCUCCUUCAGCAUUGGAAAAGCUUCCAACCCAAAAAGAUUUCCAAACUGUACUUACCUCGCCUAUAGAAGCUCCAAUUUCUCCAGCCCACGCAGGAGUUCCUACCAAGAAAGAUUCUACUCCAUUGGCAUUGUCAGUCUCUACAGAUUCUCCUCCCCAAAGUACAUCAUCUUCUCUGGAGAUGUCUCUUUCUUCUGAAGCCACCUUAGCAAAGAAAAGCCUUGUAGAGCCUCUUCCUGUAGUUAAGCCAGACAGUGCUGCUGCCUCUCCUCUGGAAUCCUGCGACCCCUGCUGUGGCUCCAGCCCCACUACUGACAGAACAGCUGCCUCUGAGAAGGUCCUUCCUAAAACUGGACCAGCAUCUCUCUCUACAGCACCCACCCCAUCAGUCUCUCUGCCUGUUGCUCCCUCCCCAGUUCCGCCUCUACUUCCUAAACAGCAAUUUCUGCCGUCCUCACCUGGGCUGGUGCUGGAGUCACCCUGUAAGCCCCCAGCCCCUGCUGAUGAGGAUGAGCUGCCGCCUCUGAUUCCCCCGGAACCAAUCUCGGGGGGAGUGCCUUUCCAGCCGGUCCUCGUCAACAUGCCCAUCCCCAAAUCUGCCGGGAUCUCUGCCCCAACCCCCUCUGCCAAGCAGCCCAUUCUGAAGAACAACAAGGGGUCUGGAACAGAAUCUGAUAGUGAUGAAUCAGUACCAGAGCUCGAGGAACAGGAUUCCACACAGGCAACCACACAGCAAGCCCAGCUGGCAGCAGCAGCUGAAAUCGAUGAAGAACCAGUCAGUAAAGCAAAACAGAGUCGGAGUGAAAAGAAGGCACGGAAGGCUAUGUCCAAACUGGGUCUCCGACAAGUCACAGGGGUUACUAGAGUCACUAUCCGGAAAUCUAAGAAUAUCCUCUUUGUCAUCACAAAGCCAGACGUCUAUAAGAGCCCAGCAUCAGAUACCUACAUAGUUUUUGGGGAAGCCAAGAUUGAAGACUUGUCUCAACAAGCACAGCUAGCAGCUGCAGAGAAAUUCAAAGUUCAAGGUGAAGCUGUCUCAAACAUUCAAGAAAACACACAAACUCCAACUGUACAAGAGGAGAGUGAAGAGGAAGAGGUUGAUGAAACAGGUGUGGAAGUUAAGGAUAUAGAAUUGGUCAUGUCACAAGCAAAUGUGUCAAGAGCAAAGGCAGUCCGAGCCCUGAAGAACAACAGUAAUGAUAUUGUAAAUGCUAUUAUGGAAUUAACAAUGUAACCAUCUGAAAACAAGGAUUUUUUUUGGUGUUUCAAAAGAGUAACUGCAGUUUGGUUUGAAAUUUGUACUGUUUCUAUCAUUAAUAAAGUUAUGGCUUCUUGUUGGAUGAA